GCGGAACAAAUGGGUGUUUUUGAGCCUUUGGUUUCCAUCCUUUUCUCCAGUCCCACCACACUGUUGGGAGCUGUCACUGUCUUGCUCUUCCUUUACCUUGUUUCCAGUAACUUCAGCUCUCAGCAAAUUGGGAAUGAGCCUCCAGGACCAAGGCCUCUGCCUCUGCUUGGAAACUUGUUGCAGCUUGAUCUCAAGAGACCUUACAAGACCCUGUGUGAGAUUUCUAAGGAAUAUGGUUCUGUAUUUACAAUUUACUUGGGAAGCAAUAAAGUGGUGGUGCUGGCUGGAUACAAGACGGUCAAAGAGGCUCUGGUCAACUAUGCAGAGGAGUUUGGGGACCGAGAAGUCUCACCAAUUUUUGAUGAAAUAAGUCAGGGUCAUGGGAUUGUUUUUGCCAAUGGAGAAUUAUGGAAAGAAAUGAGAGGAUUUGCCAUCACCACACUCAGAGACUUUGGAAUGGGCAAAAGAGUAGCAGAGGAUAAAAUCAUAGAGGAAUGCAGCUAUCUGAUCCAAAUGUUUGAAGAGCACCAAGGGAAACCAUUUGAAACUACGUGCCCAGUAAACUAUGCAACAUCCAACAUCAUCUCAUCUAUUGUGUAUGGAAGCAGAUUUGAGUACAAUGACCCCAUGUUCACAACUUUGGUGGAGAGAGCCAAUGAGUCAAUUCGCCUUGUUGGAUCUAAAUCAAUCCAGAUUUACAAUAUGUUUCCCUGGUUGGCCAGCUGGAUAAAAGACCGGAAGCAGAUGUUGAGAAACAUUGAGCUAGAUAUUAAAGACGUCAAAAAUUUAGUGAAGCCUCUACAAGAGACCCUAAACCGUGACAUAUGCCGUGGGUUUGUGGACCGUUUUCUAAUUCGGAAGCAGAAAGACGAGGACUCACAUGUUAAGGACACACACUUCAGUGAAAAGAACAUGAUAUUCUCAGUGACCAACCUGUUUGGUGCUGGUACUGACACCACUGCAGCUACACUCAAAUGGGGUUUACUGUUCAUGGCUAAAUAUCCACAAAUACAGGACCAGGUCCAUGAGGAGCUCAACAGAGUGGUAGGGAGUCGUCAGGUCCGUGUAAAUGAUCGGAAAAACCUGCCCUAUACUGACGCUGUCGUCCAUGAGACUCAGAGAAUGGCAAACGUCGUUCCCAUGUCCCUUCCUCACAAAACCAGCCAAGACGUUGCUUUCCAAGGCUACUUCAUCAAGAAGGGGACCACUGUGUUUCCUCUUCUUGCUUCUGUCCUGUAUGAUGAGAGUGAAUGGGAGAGCCCACACACUUUUAACCCUGCUCACUUCCUGGAUGAGGAGAGUAAAUUUAUCAAGAGAGAUGCCUUCCUGCCCUUUUCUGCAGGUCGCAGGGUGUGUCUCGGAGAGAGUCUGGCCAAGAUGGAACUCUUCCUCUUCUUCACUUCCCUCCUGCAGCACUUUCGGUUCACCCCUCCACCUGGAGUUAGAGAAGAUGAACUGGAUCUGACUCCAGCUCUUGGUCUGACCCUCUCACCUUCACGUCAUGAAUUAUGUGCCGUCGUUCGCCAUUGA